ACAGAUUUGAACUGUUGCAUAUUUAGAAAAAUAGGAAGCAGACGAUCAGUCUUGCAGUGUGCUGGUUCAUGUCGUUUCGUCUUCUCACUCACCGACAUGGCUGUUCAUCUCAGCUUUCUUCUCAUUUUCACUGGACUCGCAGGAAGUCACAGUAUAACUACAGUCAGUAAAGUGUCAGUGAAAGCUGGAGAGGAGAUCACUAUCCCCUGUCUCUAUGACUCUAAAUACAUAAACAAUGUGAAGUACUUGUGUAAAGGAUAUUAUUGGUCCUCUUGCUCUACUGAAAUCCGAACUGAUUCACAAAGUAGCUCAAAAAGUUUUCAAUCUCUGAUGAUAAAAUCCAAAAAAUCUUCACCGGUGACGAUAAAAGAUGUGACGAAUAAGGACACUGAUUACUGGUGUGCUGUGGAGGUUAAUGGAAGAUUAGAUGACAAAAUGUAUUUCCAACUGACAGCCACCGGAGGUACACCCAGUGUCUCUGUGGACCGUCAGGAGAUUACAGGAUUUAAAGGAGGUAAUAUAAACAUCAAUUGUUACUAUCGUAACUUUGGAGUAAUGAAGUGGUGCAAGCUGGGCAGGUCCUGUGUUACGGGGUCGUCUGGAUCAAUAGAUGGAACAGGAGUGACCAUCAGUGAGAGUGGACCAGGUGUUUUCACUGUGACUAUGAGUGGACUGAGGACAGAGAGCAGCGGCUGGUAUUCAUGUGUUAAAGAAGACUUCCAGAUGCCAGUGCAUGUAACUGUUACCUGACAGACCUACCACUACCACACCUGCAAUGACUAGAAGUUUAACCACCUUAAGUAAGUUAUAUUAUAAAUGUUUUGAUUUAAUAUAGAUGAGAUGUUACCAUUCAUAUUCACACAUCAUUGUAUUCACAAUUACAGCAAC